AUGCAGCGGGGCCGCCCACGAUACGUGAUUGACAGGCCGGCAUAUAACCUCCCAGACUUUGACGGAGAGUUUGACAAGAAGAGCCGACAAUUCUCCGCCGGGGAGAAAGUGAGGAAACUCUUCAGGUGCUCCGUGAUCAGACUGAAGGGCUUGUUGUUCAGACACCUGCCCGUCCUGAGCUGGCUGCCAAAGUACAAAGUGAAAGAAAACCUGCUGCGUGAUGUCAUCAGCGGGGUCAGCGCCGGCACCAUUCAGGUUCCCCAAGGCAUGGCGUUCGCCCUCCUGGCCAACCUCCCGCCCGUCAACGGCCUCUAUUCCUCUUUCUUUCCCCUCAUCCCGUAUUUCUUCAUGGGCACCGCUCACCAGAUGGUCCCAGGUACGUUUGCUGUCCUCAGCAUCAUGGUGGGGACGGUGUGCCUGAGGCUGGCCCCGGAGUCGGACUUCAGUCACUUCAAUGCCACUCGUAACGCCACGGAAGUGGACAAGGAGCUGAUGAACGACGUUCGCCUGGGAAUAUCUGCAACCCUGGCCUGUCUCACCGCAGUCAUCCAGAUUGGCCUCGGCUUCAUGCAGUUUGGUUUCGUAGCCAUCUAUCUGUCGGAGUCCUUCGUCAGAGGCUUCAUGACGGCUGCCGGAUUGCAAAUCCUCGUCUCGGUGCUCAAGUACAUAUUUGGCAUCCGAGUACCGCCGUAUAGCGGCCCGCUGGCGGUCGUAUACACUCUUGUAGAUAUUGUGCGCGGGCUUCCAGACACCAACGUCGCAUCGCUGGUGUUUGCUCUGGUCAGCAGCAUCGUUCUUAUCGCGGGGAAGGAGCUGAGCGCGCGCUACCGCCACAGGCUGCUUUACCCCAUACCUAUGGAAAUCAUAAUUGUUGUGGUGGCCACGGCCGUCUCAGGACCGCUGCAUCUCCCUGAGCUCUAUCACAUGGACAAAGUGGGAGAAAUUCCAUUGGGUUUCCCAGCACCAAUCCUGCCGACAGUGAGUCAGUGGGAAGACAUGCUGAGCACAGCUUUCUCCCUGGCCAUCGUGGGGUACGUGAUCAACCUCGCUAUGGGCAGGACGUUGGCAGCCAAGCAUGGCUACGACGUGGAUCCCAACCAGGAAAUGUUGGCGCUAGGCUGCAGCAAUUUCCUGGGGUCUUUCUUUAAGAUCCAUGUGAUCUGCUGUGCCUUGUCCGUGACGCUGGCGGUGGACAGCGCCGGUGGAACAUCACAGAUUGCCAGUCUAUGUGUGAUGCUGGUUGUAAUGGUUACCAUGCUUGCAUUAGGAGCCUUCCUGAAUCCUCUUCCUAAAUCAGUGCUUGGAGCCCUGAUUGCAGUGAACCUGAAGAACACGCUCCUACAGCUCUCUGACCCCUACUACUUGUGGCAGAAGAGCAAACUGGACUGUUGUGUGUGGGUUGUGUCGUUCUUGGCCACAUUCUUUCUCAGCCUGCCGUAUGGAGUGGCUAUCGGAGUGGGAUUUUCCAUUCUGGUAGUUAUAUUCAAGACACAGUUCCGUAAUGGUUCGACAAUGGUUCAGAUUAUGGAUACGGAUAUCUACAAAAACCCCAAAGUGUACAGUAAAGUCAUUUCAAUAACAGGCGUGAAAAUAGUGAACUAUUGCUCACCACUCUAUUUUGCAAAUGCGGAAAUAUUUCGCCAGAGGGUCAUCAAAAAGACAGGGCUGGACCCUGGCAAACUUAUCCUGGCCCGGCAGAAGUUCUUAAAGAAACAACAGAAGGAGAAAGCGAAAGAAGAGAAGAAGGACAAUGAGACCAGAGGGAGGGAACCCAGCUCUCUGGUUAACAUGAAGACUCAGACCGUAUCUCAGCUUGAACUUCAAAAUGACUUUGAUAUGAACAACGGCACCGCCGGCGAGCCCGAUCCUCCCACCAGCUACGUCAACUUCGGCUUAGGGGACGAGGAGCUGGGCGAGCAGGCGCCUGACCAAGAGCCCCCCAGUCCCACACUGGAGUCCCAGCCCAUGCCCUUCCACACCCUCAUCCUCGACCUGGCAGCGGUCUGCUUCGUGGACCUAAUGGGCAUCAAAGUAUUGACCAAGAUGCACUCAAGCUACGCAGCGCUCGGCAUUAAACUCUACCUGGCUAAUGUUCAAGCUCAGGUGUAUGAAGAACUGGAGGUCGGAGGAGCUUUUGAUGACGGCAACAUUGGCCGCAGUAAUCUUUUCCUUUCCGUCCACGAUGCUGUUGUUUUUGCUCAGCAGACCUUAGAAGAGAGGCAAGUCUCCCCAAAGGCAGCGAGAGCGAAACAGAAACUUGUCUUUAACAUUAACGAAGAGAAGGAUCUGGAGCAGGAACUGUUUUGAGCACUGGUUGCUGCAGUGAAGACGAGGAUAAAGAAGAUAAACUUCACUUCUUUUUGUUGUUGCCAAAAAUACUACUGUGUGCUUUCAUCUUAUCUAAGGAAAAUGUUUUACUCUGUGGUUCGGGCACAGCCAGUACUUGACUCCACUGACAGGGGGCGGUACAUACCAGCACAAGAGACACCAAUGACAAG